ACGAACGAUAAAAAAUCUAAACGAGUUAGAUUAAGAUUAUAAACUGUCUCGAAAAGUACUGAUGUACCCAACACGCUGGAUAAAUAGGUCUUCAUCCAUUGGUUGCCAACGUCUGAGAAUCCUCUGUAAACAUGUUAGGAUGAAAUCUACAAGUGCAGAAAUGGAAGCAGAGGUAUUACUUGAAGUAAAAAAUAAAGUCGGUGUCAUCACUCUAAAUCGUCCAAAGGCACUGAAUGCUUUGAAUCUGAAUAUGAUCAGGGACAUCUACCCAGUGUUAAAGGAAUGGGAGGCUGACCCAGCAGUAAGUUUAGUCUUGAUUAAAGGAGCAGGAGAUCGUGCCUUCUGUGCAGGUGGUGAUGUCAGGGCUGUAGCUGAAGCUGGGAAAAAGGGGGAUGAUCUUACCAAGCUGUUCUUUAAAGAGGAAUACAUGUUAAAUUAUGCAAUUGGAACACUAAAAACUCCUUAUGUGGCAUUCAUCAAUGGAAUAACAAUGGGAGGGGGUGUUGGUUUAUCUGUCCAUGGCCACUUCCGAGUUGCUACAGAACGCACAGUGUUUGCUAUGCCAGAAACUGCAAUAGGUCUUUUUCCUGAUGUUGGAGGUGGUUACAUGUUACCUAGAAUGAAAGGAAAGUUAGGACUUUACCUUGCGUUAACAGGUCAUAGAUUAAAAGGUUAUGACAUAAAACAUGCUGGAGUAGCUACGCACUUUGUUACAAGUGAGAAGUUAACAGACCUUGAGUCAGCAUUACUCAACCUUCCUGAUCCACAGAUGAAUACAGUGCAAAAUGUUUUGGAUAAUUAUGAUGAGAUGUGCUCUGAUGAAGAACAGAAGGAGUUUGUGCUAGAGAAACACAUACAUCAAAUUAACAGCUGCUUCGACAAACCAACUAUAGAGGAAAUUUUACAGGCAUUAAGGGACGAUGGAUCAGAUUGGGCCAUGAAACAAGUUGAGACUCUACAUAAAAUGUCCCCAACCUCCUUGAAGAUAACCCUUAGACAGUUACAAGAAGGACAAAAUUUAAGUCUUAGUGACUGUUUGAAAAUGGAAUACAGGUUAACCCAGAGGUGUAUGGAGGACAAUGAUUUUUAUGAAGGAAUAAGAGCUGUUUUAGUGGACAAAGACAAUAACCCCAAGUGGAGGCCUGGAAGUUUGGCUGAUGUGUCAAACAACAAGGUGAACAGCUACUUUAAAACACUGGGAGACAGAGAACUUGUUCUUUGAUGUUACCAUGGUAACUACAGUUCUAUAAG